AUGGAUAAGAGAUCCGAAAUUGACGACUGGAGAGGGCCUUUGGGACUCAAUACCGUAUACAAACCCACAAAUCAAACUACCGCUGAUCUCAUCUUUGUCCACGGACUGGCUGGAGGCUCUCGGAAAACGUGGACCAGGAAGCAAGACCCAGCUCUUUUCUGGCCCCAGUGGUUGCCGCAAGAUCCAGCCUUCAAAGAUGUCGGCGUCCAUAUGUUCGGUUAUGACUCAAACUGGAGUAAUGCAAGCAUCCUGAACAUACAGGACUUUGCCUUGUCGCUUCUUGAGUGGGUUACCAACAGUCCCGAAAUUCCCAAUGCGGCUGAUGCGCCUCUUAUUCUUCUCUGCCACAGCAUGGGCGGCUUGGUUGCGAAGCAGGCUUAUAUCCUUUCGAGACGCAACGAAAGAUAUCAAAAAUUCUCCCGACGCUUACGCAGUGUAUUCUUCCUCGCUACACCGCAUCGGGGCUCAGAUCUAGCUGGGUUGCUGUCAAGGAUCCUCCUUGUCUCUGGGAGCAGACCCUUUGUAAACGACCUUCGGCCCAAUUCGGCAGCAAUCCAAGCAAUCAAUGAUGAAUUUCCGGAUUACAGCAAAGAUUUGAACCUUUGGUCAUUCUGGGAGACGUUACCUAUGACUAUCGGGUUUCACAAGAAGAUGGUCGUCCCGAGGGAGUCGGCAAUCCUGGGCUACUCGAACGAACGGUCGAUGUACUUGAAAGCCGAUCACAGAGACAUCUCACUGAGCGGCUUUGGACCGGUCAUGGAUCUCAGCAGCAACUCCAUCAGUCUUGAGCAGCGGCAAUUGAUCGAUGAUAGCCUUGACAUAUCCAACUCACCGGAAGACGACUACCUGCGUGUCGAUACCCUGCGAGUACCCGGCACAUGCGAGUGGAUCAACUCACGCCCUGAAUUUCAGACAUGGAGGAAUGAAGGCCAGCCUAAGUUAUACUGGUUGACUUCAAAACCUGGAGCAGGGAAGUCGGUUCUGUCGGGUUACGUCGUCAAGUCUCUGAGAGAGGCCAACAAAAUAUGCGAGUUCUUCUUUUUCAACCAUGGAGACAAGGCAAAGUCGACGAUAACCAUCUUCUUCCGAUGUAUGGCAUGGCAGAUGGCGUCAGCCAACACCGCACUUUUGGAGUCUCUUUCCAAGACAUGCAAGAAGGAUCCGCAUUUGGCUCAGGCAGACCAUACGACUAUGUGGCGGAAGCUCUUCUUGGAAUGCAUUUUCAAACACCCGCCCUCACAGCCACAGUAUUGGGUUGUUGAUGCUCUGGACGAAUGCAAGGCCGACAACGAAUUGAUCCCAUACCUCUUUCAAGCCGCCAAUACUGGCUUCAUUCGCAUCUUCCUGACUUCUCGGAGCUCGUUUUAUUCGUAUGGACUGCCCCUCACAUCUUCUGUCAUGGUGCAUACCGAUGUCGUGUCACAGGAGACGAUUGACGUUGACAUCGGGCAGUACCUGAAAGUAAAUAUCAACAGGCUGCCUGGUCCCGAUCGUGGUCUUACUGCGGGCUUGGUUUUGACGAAAGCUUCGGGCUGCUUCUUAUGGGCGAGACUAGUUCUUCAAGAGCUCAGAAGGGUUUCGACACGGACUGGUAUACAGCAAAUCCUUGAAGAGGUACCUUCUGACAUGUCUCAACUGUACCACCGCAUCCUGGACUCGAUCUUCUCACGGGCACGAGAGAAACGAAUGAUCAGGGCGAUAUUGAAUUGGACUGCUUGUGCUUCACGACCACUUACCACCACCGAACUUUACCACGCAUUGAGACUGGACAUGGAGGAAGAAAUUGACGAUGAUGUGAAAAUGUUCAUUGAGAACAAUUGUGGUCAGCUCGUCGUCGUAGAUCUCGACGACCGAGUCCGCAUGAUUCAUUUGACAGCGCGGGACUUUCUCUUUUCUGACGAGAACAUAUCCGUGGCUAGGCUCGACCAGAAGACUGGCCAUAAGCGAUUGGCGAUGGUGAGUCUGAAGUACCUCUGCGGACCAGAAAUGGGCGUGCCGAAACAAAACAAACUCAGUGCUACACGAAUCGCUCUGGAGCGGUGUCCUUUCGUUGCUUAUGCUUGCGAUGCCCUAUGCCAACACCUGCCCUCCAUUGCCUCCGAUGACGAUGAGUUCGCAGCGAGUCUCGUUUGUUUCUUGAAAACACCAAACGUACUAUCGUGGAUAGAAUACAUCGCUCGCGGAUCUGAUCUGAGACCAUUAGUCCAGACUGGAAUCGCCCUUCACCAAUUCACGAAACGAAGGGCGACCCAAACGCCAUCGACCGGAAACCGUGGAGAAGAAAUCGACCUGAUUGAUACCUGGGCUACUGAUAUAAUCCGCCUUGUCACUAGAUUCGGCACGAAGCUACAUUCGUCUCCUUCUGUUGUAUUCAACCUUCUCGCCCCGUUUUGUCCAAUGGACAGUGCAAUGAGGAUCCAACAUGGUUCUUCCACGAGGUCCAUAAGAGUGAGUGGUCUUUCUGAGCAGACAUGGGGCUAUUGCAUGUCGACGAUCAGCCUCCGUGCGAGUCCAACAGCAGUGGCCUGCGGCACCACAGCAUUUGCUGUCGGCAUGCGGAACGGGGACAUUGCCAUCUUCGACGCAACGACAUGCCAAGAGCUGAAAACCGUCAAUCACGGGGGAUGGGUGAAGAAAUUACUGUUUGGAGAUACUGGAAACCUACUUGUCUCUGCAGGCUUGAAGCAUAUCUGCAUUUGGAAUUCUGUAACUUGGAAAUUGCUCUGGACUUUCGAGCUACACAAUCAGUUCAUCUCUUUGGGCCUUGCCGACGAAGACCAGCUCUUGCUCGUCACAUACCGUUCGAAUGAGAUCGUCAUGUGGGAAAUCGCAAAAGGGCACGCAAGAGAACCUAUCUCGUGGCUCAACGAGAACGAACAAGAGGGUGCAAGUCAUUUCCUGCGGCCGUAUACAACAGCAAUUUCAGGCGAUCGGACUCUCUUGGCUUUUACGUAUCGAGGACAAGACAUAGUCCUAUGGGAUAUUGAGAAUGCCUGUGUCUAUGACGUCUAUGGGAAAGACGAAGGUUCCCUUGGCGCUACCGCCGACAAACGUAUCGGAAUCAGUCCAGUCCAGAGCAUGAUAUUCAGUCGGGCUCCUGAAGCGCAACUGCUCGUUGCAAGUUACAACGAUGGCGAGCUCAACCUCUUCAAUAUCGCCGAAGGCACCGUACAAGCUAAAGUAGUGGCCAAUGGACAUUAUCUAACGUCUUCAGCCGACGGAUUGACUCUUGCUUGUGGAAACUCUGCAGGCGUUAUCUGCAUUUUCGAAUUCAGCACGCUGAACUUACUUUACAGGAUUCAAACCAAAGAGUCGAUUAUCAAACAACUGGCCUUUAGUGCCGACGGCCAUCGCUUGUUGGACAUUCAGGGCAACCAUUGUCGCAUAUGGGAUCCGCCCGUAUUGCUUCAUCAAAGGAUUGAUGGACAAGUCUAUAUUGAUCCUGUCGAUAUUAGGCUGGACGGUGAGUCUGAUGUCGUGUUGAUCAGCGCUAUGACUUGUGCCGAUAAUGGUGGCCUCAUCCUCUGCGGAAAAGAGGAUGGAGGCGUAUAUCUCUACGACUCACAGACAGGAUUGGAGCGCGAGGAGCUUUUCCACCGACACGCGAGCAUUCUUUAUCUCCAAUACGACGUUCAGAGCAGCAUCUUAUUCUGUUGCGAUAUGGUGAAUAGAGUCACGGUGCACAAACUGGUGCGCACAGGAGACCUAUGGACACUAGGAGAUCAGUAUCUUGAUCACCGUACAGGAGUUGAGGUGAAACAGAUUCUGCCCAACACGGGAGGAAGCCGGCUCCUCAUAUCAACGGUCGAAUACGAUAUCUUAUGGGAGGUGACGCCGGCGCAAUGUCAAGAGGUGGUAUGGCUGAACUGGGAAGAUGAUGGGAAACCUCGCCGCUGGGGUAUGCAUCCCUCGAGGAGCGAUCAACUGAUAUUGAUGACUGGAACAGAAGCUCACCUGUACGAAUGGGACUCUCUGGAGAGGCUGACUGGUGAUAGUGGCACCCGAUUCCCAGAGUUGGACGGUCUUGAGCUCUUGAUCAAGGGGUCGCGUCCCGUGUUUGAUGAAAAAUACCUUGCCACGACAUUUUCGGACACAUCAGGGCCACACGCACGGUCCAGGCUCGUGUUUUGGAAUGCGGAGGAUAUCACACCCGGCAAUGGACUGAUGGCACCGAUUGAGCAUUUCCAGCCUCUCGCCGAUCAAGUCCAAUACUUGGUCGGGAUCCACAACCGACGGGUCGUAUUUUUGCACGUCGAUGGAUGGAUAUGCUCGGCAGAUUCCCACAACUUCUACGAGGAGUAUUAUGACCGUCACUUCUUCAUCCCAGGAGAUUGGCUCAUUGCCGCGAAGACCCUGCAGAUCGAAGUCCUUCGGAAUGGAACCAUCCUUUUCGUGAAGCAGGACGAACUCGCCGUGAUCAAACGGGGCUUGGAGUAUUUCGAGCAUGGGCAGUCGCGGGCCAGGGCAAAACAUCCCACUAUUACCCGACCAGCCAUCACUAGCCCGACCGAUCCUGCGUCUAGAGCAGUGUCACUACCCGACAGGUAG